AUGCCCGUUCCUUUUGAGGCUCUUCUUCCCUAUGCCAUCAUGAUUGGUAUGUUCGGUAUCUCUGGUACCGGUCUUGCCGUCAUUAAGGGCAUCCAAAACGAGGGCAAGCGACCUCGUUACUCGGUUGAUCAGUGGGAUAGACAAAUGAUGGACCGUGACCGUCGCCUUACGGGAACCCUACGAGGACAAACGGACAAGGCAGAGGCACCCUUAGGGUUCGAAUUGAACAACCCCUGGAAGCUGGAAACACGCUUUUCUUAA